AGUUUCGCGUAACUGUCGCCAUUGCCUAAGGCGACUCAUUCUCCCAUUUACUGUCAGCCGAAUUCAUUUCUACGGCAACGGCAUAUCCCUCCAUUACGCCAUCACUCCAUAGAGUUGCUGCGAAUAUUUUCAGUCUACAAUUGGCGGAAUAGCAAAGUUUAAAAAAUGGAAUUUCUUAAAAGGAAACAUUUUUCAUUGUGGAUUACGACAACAUUUAUAAUCGUGGCCGGUAUUGCGGCAAAUGUGAGCACAGUUCAUGGACUGCAGGGUGUACCAACAUGGAUAUCCCUUGGCCUAAAAUCGCCCUUCAUUGAAUUUCGCAACGAAUUCGAGGUGCUGGCAAACAAUAGCAUAGCCCUUAACAUAACCAAAGAUGAGCAGGCGCUCAUGCAUCAGGAGGGUUUGCGAAAAUUGGGAACUUUCAUAAAACCCGUCGAUCUAAGGGACUCAGAGACGGGCUAUGUAAAGGCUAAUCUAACAAAAAAGGUGGCAACACCUUUGCCUCAGCAGAGAAUGCAAAACCAGCGACGCAUGCAUCCCAUACAAGAAGAGAUGGAUCAAAAGCAAAUCAUACUGCUGGAUGAAGAUACCGAUGAAAAUGGCUUGCCAGCCAGUUUAACAGAUGAGGAUCGAAAAUUCAUAGUGCCCAUGGCUUUGAAGAACUCACAACCCGAUCCGCGAUGGGCCCAAUCAAUGGCGCGUAGCUCUAUGGUGGCGCCUCCCACACCUAGGACCACCACAACUACAACCACCAAGAAGCCAACAACGCCGGCCACACCGGAAUUUGCCUCCAAUAUUGAAGACCUAAAGAAGCACAUUCUGUUUCUGCAAAAUCUAACCAAACACGAUAGUAACUUUCAAUCGAAAUUUGUGGUCUUUCCUAGCUUACAAAAGGAUAAGCAGGGCAGACCCAUAACGACAACGACCACAACUACAACGGCAAUGCCUAAGGUACCCAUGCGUCCCAUUUAUCAGUAUUCAGGACCAGUAUUAACACCCACUAGAAAACCUUCGCUUAAUAUAAAUAGCAAAAUUCCUCAAUCUCCUCCUUUUGGGGGUUACUACCACAACGACGAUGAUGAGGACUCAUUGUCGGCAUUCUUACAGCCUGUAAAUGCCAAGGAUAAGAUAGCCAUAGUGCCACAAGUUUUGCUAUUGAAUGAUCAAAAUAAGGAUAGACGCAUGCUGCCGACAGUAACGACAAGUUCGACAACUACGACCAGUACUACAACAACGACACCAGCAACGACCACAACUACUUCCACCAGCACUAGCACAACGACAACGAGAAGGCCCACCAAACCCACAAAACUGCCACCUUGUGUACGAAAUCCUGAUUCGCCUAAAUGCAUACGCCUGCGUAAACGCGAAGAGUUGCAGCGUCAACGCGAUCGCGAACAAUUGCUGCGAGAGCAAGAGAAAUAUUGGCCCCGCUAUGAACCCUAUCGCCAGACCAUCAACAAUACCAAACGCUUUGCGGUGUCCAUAGAAAUACCGGAUUCCCUAAAGGCCGUACUCAAUGAGAGCGAAUCAAAUCCCUCGGGAGGAGAAGAAAAUCUACAAAUUCUAUCACGUUUUGUGAGAUCAACGCACAAGAGGAGGAAUAUAGGAGGAGGCCUACAGGGUCGUUCAUCUUCAAGCAAUGAUAAAUUUGCCUCAAAAUAUGGUUCGGCUGCUUUUUUAGAACGAGACACCAUGAUCUCGGCCACAGGCGGUAGAGAUUUUCUUAUAACCAAUCCGGAGCAAUUUGGCAUGAUUGCUGCCAAUGCCACAACACCAAGUCCCACAGUGGCUGCGUAUACAGAACCUCUGGACUUAAAUCCUGACAAUUGUUAUCUAGUGGAUGGCAUGAGUUAUGGUCAAAAAAAGCAAUGUGUAUUGCACACCAGUGUAAUGCCGGCCAUAAGCAGAGGAGCAAGGGCAGCAAUACAGGAAUGUCAAUUUCAAUUUAAAAAUCGCCGCUGGAAUUGCACCACAACGGAGGAUAAUACAGUUUUUGGUCCCAUGACCGGUUUGGGUUCACCGGAAAUGGCCUUCAUUCAUGCCUUGGCUGCUGCAACUGUCACCAGUUUCAUAGCUCGAGCCUGCCGCGAUGGCCAAUUGGCUUCCUGUGGCUGUUCGAGCGGUUCGCGGCCCAAACAACUGAAUGACGAUUGGACCUGGGGUGGUUGCGGUGAUAAUCUUGAAUAUGCCUACAAAUUUGCCACAGACUUUAUUGAUAUAAGAGAAAAGGAAACCAGACGUGGUACACGCGGUGCUGGUAAUCCAGAGAAACGUGGCGGUGGUAGAGGACAACGCUUGCACCAAAGGCGACAACAACAGCAGCUAUACCAACAGCAGCAGCAGCAUCAGCAGCAACAACAACAACAAAUGUUAGCAGAUGAUGCUUCAGUCUCAAUGACCUCUUCAGUGAAUAACGAGACCAUGGCAACAUCCAAACAACAGCAACAACACUUCCUUAAUAAUAAUAAAGCUCAAACAACAAAUGGCAGUAAUAGAACAGCAGUAACACAAUCACCAAUGUCUGCCUCACAGUCUGCAAUGUUGACAUCUUCAGCGGCAAAGGCAUCGUCAUCGUCAUCAUCAUCUGUGUCCUUCUCAAGUGACUUGAAUACUUGGGAAAAUACCAAUAAAACUGUCAGCAACAGUCCCAACCCCAUAGCCUCGAUAAAUGUCAAUAGCAACAGCAGCGACAGUGUAGCAACAUCUAACAUUUCACCUCAGUCGACUAUUAGCCGAGCCGCCCUCGCAAUGACCUCCUCAAAUCAGCAACAGCAGCAACACAACAAUGAUUUGGGCAAAACGCAAAAUCAACGUCAGGUGCGGCAACAAAUGAAGCAACAACAAUCAAUGCGUUCCUCUAGCAUGGCACCACCACGCCAGGAAGACCUCAUAUCGUCAUCAUCCGAAGAGGAGAAUAUCGGAGGUGGCGGCGGCGGCGGUGGAGGUCUCCGCAUUAAACCGGAAGAUUUAUUAGAAUUACAAGAGCGUAUCACAAAGGAAAUACUCAACUCGAAAUUACAGGAAAAGGAAAUGCUUGAAUUACAGGAAAAAAUCAAUCGAGAAAUUUUAAAUUCAAAAGUUUUCAAUAUGGACAGCGUCACAAAUGGUGGUGGUGGUGGUGGUGGCAGCGGAAGCAGUAGUUCAAGCAGUGGCGGAAAACGCAAAAGGAAGCGUAAAAAUCAACGAGCCGUCAAUGGCAUGCUGGCCGAUGUCGCUGAAGGUGGUCCUUAUGGACAAAGCACAUCAGGUGGCAGCAAUGGAGCCAGUGGUGGUGUUGCUGGCACAACUGGCAAAUGGAAAAAUGGCAUUGCUGCAAAAGCGAGAAGUUUAAUGAAUUUACACAAUAAUGAAGCUGGCAGGAGGGCCGUCAUCAAGAAGACCCGCAUAACAUGCAAAUGCCAUGGCGUUUCCGGUUCAUGUAGUUUGAUAACCUGUUGGCAACAGUUGUCAUCGAUAAGAGAAAUUGGUGACUAUUUACGCGAAAAGUAUGAGGAAUCCACAGAGGUGAAAUUGAAUAAACGUGGCCGUUUACAGGUCAAGGAUCCACAAUUCAAAGUACCCACAGCCCAUGACUUGGUCUACUUGGAUGAGAGUCCAGAUUGGUGUCGAAGUAACAAACAAUUACAGUGGCCGGGAACACAUGGCCGAGUUUGUAAUAAAACCUCCAAUGGCUUAGAUGGCUGUGGCAUUUUAUGCUGUGGCCGGGGUUACAAUACCAAAAAUAUUGUGGUGCGGGAGCGAUGUAAUUGCAAGUUCCAUUGGUGUUGCCAAGUUAAAUGUGAUGUUUGUGUGAAAAUUAUCGAAGAGCAUACGUGUAAAUAAGAAAUGGAAAACAAAAUCUAACAGAAUAAUUAAAAACUAACAGCAAAAUUAAAUUUCGAUUUUCUUUUCGUUUGGCAAAAUUAAGCAAAACUAUUUUCAAUGUAAAGAUUUCUCACUAAAAAUCUAUUAAUUUCAAUUUUGGUAUGAUUUGGAAAACGACAAGAAAAAGCUUAUAUUUAAUAAAAAAAAGUAGCUUAUAAAAUGCAAAACAAUAAAAACCAGAAAUUAUAAAUUAAACAAAAAUGGAAAACUCUAAUUUAUUUAAAAUAAUUAAAUAGAAAUUAGGAAAAAAACAAACACAGAGAGAAACAAAAUGUUAUAUUUCUUGAAAAAUAUAUUAAAGCAAGAGAAAAACCAAAAAAAAAAAUCGAAAUAAAAUUCCAUAGCAUCUAAGAGCUAAUUUUAAUCUAAUUAAGGCAUAAUAAGACCACUGACCCUCCCCCCACUAUGUAUGUAUUUAUUGAAGAAAACAAAAAAACGCGCUCUCUCUCUCACUCUCUGUCCCUGCCCUUAGAAGUUUAGAAGAAGAAAAAAACAAAAGAAACUAAUAUUAGAAAUGCCACUACUUGUAGCAACUACUUUUAAUUUCUACUUAUAGCCCUUUUAUUUUGUAAAAUACUUAUGGUAAUCUUAAGUAAUCGAACACUUAAUUAUAGCAUUUCGAAAAUGUAAGCGAAACCUUUAUGCAUUUAUCCUCACAGAAACAGCUCGAAUUAGUUUUAUCACUCAGAGAAUUACAA